AUGAAACAACAAGGCAGACCUUCCAUUAUUUCGCUCGGAAGAUCUGGGAUUGCCAGUCUUUUGGUGGCCUGUUUAUUCAUCUGCUCAGUUUUACAACUUGUACGAACACAACAGCUGCCAUUAGAUGAGGCCUAUUAUAAAAUCGGCUUGUAUAGAGAAAGACGAGAUAGCUAUUACUCGGUGUUGCAAGAUUACAAGAGUCAAAAGAAAGAAAUGCUCGAGGCAAGAACUCUUGAAAAGAUAUCUGUCAUCAGCGAAGCCAUCCAGUACUCUGAGAAUUAUAUUUCACAAUUCGGCAUACCAAGAGACCAAUACCAAACAAUGCUCGAAAACAAGGUCAAGCAAUACAACAAUGUUUUAGCCACGGUGAAGGAGCUCGACUCUUUAAUAGCAUUCACUAACACAGGCUUCAACCAUACCUACAAUAAGUUAAGGAGAUUGGUGGAGGACUCGGUUAAUUAUCUCAACGACCCUUCAAAAUGGACGAUCACAAACGAAACCUCUGCUCCACUUCCAUUGGUCUUUAAUAUUACUCAUGGCUACUUGCGCAAUUAUGCCUCUUAUCACCCUGUCGUUAGAAAAAGAAACAGAUUAUCAGCAGGUAAAGAGCAUGGUCUCCACCUUCAUGGAAAUGGAUUAUUGUACUCUUGGGGAAGACACAAUAAGGGCUCUCUAGGAAGAUCUGAAUACACUCAAGGAGCUACCUAUGGUCUAGAUAUUUCGAAACCUGUCCAACUUCCACAAAACCUUACAAUUCUCCAAUUUGAUUCCUCCUAUUAUAGCAACAUUGUUCUUGCAUAUGGUCACGAAGUAUAUACUUGGGGAGAGAAUAGUAAAGGAGAAGUUGGUGAUGGUACCAUUGAACCUCGUGUGGUACCAUUGAAAGUCUGUUCUUGGGAUUUGCAGGGUCCAAAGAUGGUAGAACAAGUGGCUGCAGCACCAUACGUUUUUUAUGCCAUUGAUCAAUUUGGUAAACUUUAUGCUUGGGGAAAAAACAACAGAGGACAAUUAGGAGAUAGAACAACCAUUGACAAGAACAAACCAAUCAACGUUUACAUGGAAGGCGCUUUACUCAACAAAGCAGUAACUCUUGUUUGCGGAGGUGAUCUUCACACAGUUGUACUGACGACCGACAAUCAAUUGUACUCAUUUGGAGACAAUCAAUAUGGACAAUUAGGUUUAGGAUACGAAUCUGCUGCAGACUAUAUCAUGGAAGCUGUACCAAUACCAAAACCUGCUGAACUUGGUGAUGAAACCAUUGUUGAUUUACAAUGCGGAGAUUACCACACAAUGGUGUUGACCGAAAAUGGAACAGUGUUUGCAUGGGGAAGAAAUGAAAAGGGCCAACUUGGUGUUGGUGACACUACUACCAAGAGCACACCAACCAAGGUGUCAUUGACAAAUAUUGUUGGAAAGAGUAUUGUCAAAAUUUAUUCUAGACGAAAUGUUGCAUUUGCAUUAACCAAUGACGGCAAGUGGUAUUCAUGGGGCGAGAAUACGAAUUAUCAAUUAGGUCAUACAACUAGAGCAGGAGCUUCUGGAAAUUAUUAUCAAACCGUUCCUUCACCAGUUACCGACCUCCCAACCGACACAUUGUACAAUCAUUUAAUUACUGAAGUUGCUGCUAUGGACCAGGCAUCAGUAGGUUUCACUACAGACGCCAUGAUUGUUGGAACAGGAAAAGGAACAAUAGGAUUGUUACCAAACAUUACAACUGAUCGAACAGGAUUCAAGUUAGGAUGGACUUUUGACGCCAACACUGGAUUUUCUUUGGAAAGAAGACACUACCCAUACUUUGAGGUUAAUGACAAGGCUUAUCAAUUUAUUGGCGAGCAAUUCUAUCCUUUGGUAGAGAACGGCUUCCAGUUACACUAUCGAAACUUGAGCGAUCCAUACACUUGGGACCUUGUCGAUUACAAUAACAAGACCAAGAAAGCAUUCCCUGGCACCAUUUACAAUACACAUGUUGUCAGAGCUCAAGAGUACAUUUACUUCUUUGGAGGAGUUGUGAAUGGAUCUAUCAGCGACAAGAUUUAUCGAGCCCCUGUUUCUGAUGUUGAGAAUGGAUGGGAACAACUCAAAUACACAUUACCCUAUCCCAUUGCCUCAGGCCAUUGUGUUGUUGUAGACGACACAAUAUUUAUUUACGGUGGUAUACAUUCAACAGACUCUAAAAACUACUCUGUCACUAAUAAGAUUAUCCGAGCAUCAAUCACUGAACCAAGAGUUUGGACAAUUUCACCAGACGUCCUGCCAAACCAAGUUUAUGGUGGAAAGAUUGCACAAAUUGGUCAAUACCUCUACAUCUUUGGAGGUAGAUCUCCAUCUCAAGAAGCAUAUAGUGACAUUUUGAGAGCACCUUACAUAUUCCCAUCAAAAUGGGAAAAUACUUACUCAGUGCUUCCUUUCACUUAUUCAGAUGGUCCAAUGGUGGUCACACGUGAUUACAUUUUCAUUUUUGGAGGUUUUGCAAGCAAAGGAGUCCCAAGAACAUUGAAUGACUACAAUCCAAGAGUCUCAUUUGCAACAACGGAAGAUCCUUUGGGAUCGUGGACAGUAUCAGGAGAUGUUUUAACAUCGCUCUCUCUCUACACACCAACCUUUGUUGGAUCUGAUUUGUAUUUGUACGGUACUGACAUUAAGAGAAUUUUCACUCGACAAACAAGCCCAUUCUCGCACACAGUUUGUAAAAUUCCAUUGCUCAAUAUUGUUCAGUCUGAUGAAUAA